UACCAAGUUAUUUCAUUUGAUAACCCAGUGCUGCAUGAAUAACAAGGGCAUGAAAUGUUUACUUUAUGAGCAUGCAAUCAGCCGCACCUCAAACUUGUAUUCACUUAUCUGUUUAGCUAAUCGUAGUCUCAGAGGUGUAAAUACUUAGCCUAGAUCCCACCUGCAAAUCUGGUUACCUUUCAACUGACGUCAUAGCGAUUGAUACGCACCGGGGCAAUCGCAGCUGCAAAGAUCGGAACUGUCCACUUGAAGAGGUACCAACCGAAAGGGAAGGUGUUACCAUGCAGCGGACGACAGGUGUGAAAACCGCGACGGUAAUUGUAGUUCUUGUUUACCAGAUGACCAGCAUCAAGAUUUCAUCCAGAUCCACAGGCUGUUUUGCCUUUAUGGAGGCAUGCAUACCAGAGUCAGCUUUCUGUGAGAAAUCCUCUCUCAGAAACAUAUGUCAUCCUAAAGAUGGAAGUUGCCAAAUAAAAGUCUCAAAGGUCUGUAACAUGACCAUCCACUCCAUUCUUGACCAAUAUCCUACAGUGAGAGGGUGUCUGUGUGCAUGGGAGGAGCCCUGUACCUCUCUGGAACUACUCACUUCACAAUGCCUCCCUGAGACAGAUGGUCAAGCCCUGAGCAGCUCUGUUAGACCCCGCUGGAAUCCUAUGAAGGAACAACCAAUAACCACCAGAGAUAGCUGUCUCUCUGCUCUUCAUAGUUGCCAGAAGUCCCACCACUGUGCAUUAGUGUAUAAGAAGUUGAAGGACUCAUGCCAGAAAGGAAAAAAACAGUGCAACUCUCCAAGCUCUCAGCGCCACUGUCUGUCAUUGUGGAUGGAACUCCAGAGCACCUCUCUGUCUAAUUGUACAUGCGCCCUGAGCAGAAGAAAGUGCCAAGGGAUAUGGAGUGUCGUGAACAACAACUCCUGCAUUCAGAAUGCACUGGAGGCAUUGGCUUCAACGGGUCUACAUGAUUUAAAGGACAGGUCAAAUACAAGAAAGAAGUUAACUGUCCAUGUAGCACAACAGAAGAAGAGUUCAACUGUGGAUUGGAAAAGUAGCAGUCUGAAAGAAUACGUUCAUGAUAUUGAUGGGUCCUGUUUGCAACAGAUGACAAUCUGCCUCCAUGAUGAUGUCUGCAACAGGCAGAUGGUUCCUCUUGUGCAGACGUGUUUGGCAAAGCAAUGCAACAGCACUCACUGUCAACAGGUCACUCAACAGCUCUACGCUGGUCUGCCAUACAACAUCGCAGAGAUGUUCGUCCUCUGUGAAUGUGACCCAGGCGAUCCGGACUGUCUGCAUAUGAAGGAGGGUCUGCACAGUGGCACAUGUGGAGAACAUUUGGAGGAGGCCAAGACCCAAAUCUGUCUGGAAAUCUUUGACAACUGCCUGGGGGAGGCGCUCUGCAGGAACCGUUUAGAAGCUCUCCUAUCAAACUGCUGGGACACUGAAGACACACCAUGCAGUGAUUUUGCUAUGGAUGAAUGCACUAGUCUUCUGGAUCCUGCUCUUAUUCUUGGAGGAGAUGCAAAGUGCAGAAUGGCUUUGAUUGCUACCAUGGGAACAACACUUCAGCAUCCCUGUACAUGUGGUGGACUUCACAGCAAAGACCUGUACAAGUGCAACAUGAUGCGUGAAGUACUUCACAACCGAACGCAUUUUAUGUCACCAGUGAAGAAAGAAAGUACUCCUUAUGUGCCACCUCCAAUGAGUGAAUCAGAAUCAGGAUAUGAAUGGUUGAGUGAUCAGCUGUUGAAUGUUUUUGCAUACAUACUGCUUGUUGCAGUAGUACUGUUGGGAGUCAUGAUUGUUUUUCACAUACGGAAGCACAAAGGGAACAAAAAGCCUCAAUUUCACCCUCCUGAUAAAAAUUGUGUUGUAAUUUUCUGACCUUGACACUCAAACGCGUGUAUCUGUGUAUAUAUUAUGCAUAUGAUUAUGGUACAGUAUGCAAUGGUAUAUGUCUGAUAAUGCAGAACCUGCAUUUUCUGAUCUAAUUUAGAUUUACUGGUAUCUAACAGCUUUUUGAAAAUACUAUUUGAUCAACAUUUCCUUAGCUACUUAUACUAAUAUGUCAAAACAUGACUCUGUUUUAAGAUAAUUUUGUGCAAUUAAAACAAAUGUACGGCCAUAAGCAAUUUCUGCUAUCCUUGUUAGCUUGAGUGUCAGAACACAGUGGCAUGGUUUAUGUGAUAACUCCUGGAAAAAGCUGAUAGCGCUCUAGUAACUGGUACACAACACAGUCAGUAAGGGACAUUAUACAACUGGUUAUGUCAACAAGGCAAUGAUGGUCAAAUAUUGACUCAUCCCUUUUAAGUGAUUUUCUUUCUUGUCUCUAUUGUCACUCCAAUGCUGUAGAGCUGAUUCAGCCUUCUUAUAAGAAAAACAUAUCUAUAUAUAUUUCUACAGCCUUGUAACCAUCCUGUUUCCCUAAGGGAGCAAAGACAACAAGAUCUUUGUUGUAUGUUAACAUGUGCAAUGUAUUACCAGUAACCAACAUGAGUUAAUUAUAUUAGCAAUAUGCUAGCUGGCUAUACAGAACGUGUUAGAGAAUUGCAUAAUUAGGUUGAUAUAUGAUGGCUAACGUUGCUAUGUAGCAGAUGUUCAUGUUUAAGGUCACAUCUAUGACUUGUUUCAAGUCUGAUACGAUGCAUUGCUUUGUCAUGUCCCCCUUUUCUUGGAACCUCAACACCUUAAUCCAGAUGUCUACAAAAUUGAUGAUGUGUUUAUGACAAUGGGAAUUUUGUAUUUUUUAACAUUCAUAAAAUAUAUUGGUAAUGUGUGUCAAAAAGAUGAUUGUGCGUUUAAUCCUGUGUUACUCUCCCAGUAAGAUAUUUAAAGGUUAACAACUGUUUGGAUUUAUCUCAAGUAAAAUAAUAAUUUAAGUAAUACAAUAUUGUCACAAGAUAAUAACAAAGCUAGGCCUUGAUUUUUGGGAAAGGUUGGACUGAAGGGGCCAGUAGAUGAUUAGAUAAAUAUUAGAUAUGCAGGCAGCACUGUAGGCAAACAUUGAAAGCUUAGAAUGUCAUGUGUAAUCUGAAACCUACAGUAAUCUAGCUCUUUAACUGUAAACAAUUUUGUUUAAUCAACCUUUAUUAUCUUUAUGUAGUAAACAUGUUGGAUUCACAGUGGUUUGCCAGA